AUGGCCGCCGCCGACGACGACGCCGCGAAGCUCUCCGUCUCCAUUCAGGCCUUCGCGGCGCUCCUCGACUGCUGUGCGGCCGCCGGCGGGGACUGCGACGGGAUACUCCUCAGCCGUGCCGCCCUCCCCCCUUCCUUCUCCGACGACGAUCCGGCCCCAACCCUACCCAUCUACGUCACCGGCCACUCUUUGCUCGCCCGACCCUCCGCCCUCUCCAACGCACUUAGCUGCUUCAAGCCCUACUUCCCCGCCCGCUCAGGCACGGCCACCGUCGGCUUCUUCUCCCCCCGCCACAGCGCGUGCACGAUGCGCCGCCCCUCCAUGCGCGAGGCCGCCGUCGCCCGCUCCCUAUCCAAAUCUCUGGCCCUCGCCCACCCCGUCGUGUUUCUCCUCUUAGCCCCCUCUGUCGCCUCCGACCUCUCCAUCCACUCGUUCGCCCACCGCGUCUUCCUCCUCGUUGAUUCCCGCCUCGUCCCCACCUCCCUCACGAUCGUCAAUGUGGGUCCUCGUUACCGGGGCCAGUACCAGUGCCACACCUUCGCCCCGGAGUCGCCAAUGCCGCGGCUGCCGCCUCCGCCGGCAAACAUCGGAGAGCAAGCAACCGAGGAGGAGAUGUAUUCCGGGAUGCUAAGGAGGUUGGAUAGGCUUGCUCAGGAGGCGGAGGAGUGCAAUAAGCGUCUGUUCCAUCAGGUAUGA